CCAGUCACGUCCUGCGAGGGGGUGGGGGGAUGGGGGACGGAUAGCCUGGGCCGGCGCAUAUUUGGGGACGCGUCCUGGUUCUAGGAGCUUCCAGUGGCUGCCUUGCACAAGUGAUUCCUGGGCCCAGUUCUGGGGCAAAGAUGCCUGCCCUUCACAUCGAGGAUCUGCCGGAAAAGGAAAAGCUAAAGAUGGAGGUUGAGCAACUUCGCAAAGAAGUGAAGUUGCAGAGACAACAGGUGUCUAAAUGCUCUGAAGAAAUAAAGAACUAUAUUGAAGAACGUUCUGGAGAGGAUCCUCUGGUGAAGGGAAUCCCAGAAGACAAGAAUCCCUUCAAAGAAAAGGGCAGCUGUGUCAUUUCCUAACUCUGGGGAAACUAUUCUCACUCGCGAUACUGGAAAAGAGACCAAAACAGCCGUGUUCAGGACCUAAGAAGACUUGAAAUCCACACUCUGGUGCAUUCUCUACAGUGCCAAAAUCUCCCUCUCUCUUUUCAGUAACCAACUUACCCAUCUCAAUCAUUUCUUUCCACUAAAUUUUAUUAUCACUAUAACCUGAAGCUUUUUAUGAACUGAGCUGUUGAGUUACAACCUUUGUUUAUAAUUAUAUAAACAUUUGACCAUCUUUGCUUCUUUAUUGAUCAUAUGCACAUUUAGCAGAGAUUCUAGCUCUUUGUUGCUAUCUAUACCAUGUCAACUUGGAGGUCUAUGGUAAUAAUCCUUUUAUAAUUUAACCUUGAAUUUCUCAAUUUCCUUCAGUAAACAAGUCACUACAAUACAAGUUGUGACUUUCUCAUUAUACCACCAUGUUGUAUGACUGUAAAGGAUCAAGACACUAACAUUUUUCAGAGUUG